AUGCUUCAGAUCUUUACCCCUUCAGUCCUCCCGUCAAACCUUGAGGAACACCAAGCUCUAAGCAACAGCUCCCACAAUAACGAUAGCGACUUGCUCUGUCUGCUCAACUGCUAUCCCAUGUUCCCAGGGUCAAAGCUGUCCGCCAUCAACAGCGGGUAUGACCUGGACCUUCCAUUCCAGGUUCUGAACUUUGUGGCAGUGCUGGCACUCGUGUUGGAUAUGCUUGUCGAACGCAGAUUCUGUAGAAGUGUAGUAUCGCUCUUCGCCGAGACGGCACUGGUGCUCGUCUCUGUCAACGUCUCUGACGAAAGGGCCAUGGAUCGUGAUAAGGGCCUUGACUGGGGUGCUGAGAGUCACUUUCUUGUCAAAGCCUGCCACAUCCUGCAAUGCGGCUGGGCAUUGCAGGCGUGGGGCACCUUUCAUGUGCUGAAUUUCAUGUUCGAGAGCCUUGAUCUCCUGGUAGCCGCCCUCCAUUGGCAAUAG